CGCAGGUUCAGUCCUGGAGUCCAGCCGCCGCGCGCUCAGUCUGGCUCGCACCUUCCCUCCCUUCUGCGGCUUCGGCGGGAGGCAGCGCAGCUGCGGGGCACCUACGGCGGGCGAACCUGGAGACCCGCGGCCUCGGGCGCCUUCACGCUGUCUGGGAGCGGAUAAUGCUGUGAGGAGGCGCUGCGCUGGCCCACCCGGCUGGAUCUGAGCGUAGCCCGCGGGGACUGCGCGCGCCUUCGGAGGCUUAGGUGCGGGGCGCCGGGUCCCGGGGCAACGACUGCGAUCCUCGGGGGUGCUGAUGAGAAUACAGACUCAGAAAGGUUGAGUAACUUAGCCAAGGUCACACAACUAGGUCUGUCCAUGUUGUGGAAGGGAUUAGAUGUAACUGGCUCUCCAGAAAGCCCACUUGGCUCUAACUUCAGGAAGGUGUCUCUCACCAUCUCAUUUCAGACCCACUUCUCAAGCUACUUGAGAAAAAUGGUGUGACAGUCCCAAUCAAAAAGGAUUAUCAGGAACAUAGAAACUCUGUGAAAAAAAGUGGCCCAUUUUCCCUUUUGCAGAAGAGACAUUCUCAAAUUCCAAAAUGCCAGCCAAGACCCCAAUUUACCUGAAAGCUGCCAAUAACAAGAAAGGAAAGAAAUUUAAACUGAGGGACAUUUUGUCUCCGGAUAUGAUCAGUCCUCCCCUUGGAGACUUUCGCCACACCAUUCACAUCGGCAAAGAGGGCCAGCACGACGUCUUUGGAGACAUUUCCUUUCUUCAAGGGAACUAUGAGCUUUUACCUGGAAACCAGGAGAAAGCACGCCUGGGUCAGUUUCCUGGGCAUAAUGAGUUCUUCCGGGCCAACAGUACCUCCGACUCUGUGUUCACAGAAACGCCCUCCCCUGUGCUCAAAAAUGCCAUCUCCCUCCCAACCAUCGGAGGGUCCCAAGCACUCAUGCUGCCCUUAUUGUCACCGGUGACAUUUAAUUCCAAACAGGAGUCCUUUGGGCCGGCGAAGCUGCCCAGGCUUAGCUGUGAGCCCGUCAUGGAGGAAAAAGCUCCAGAGAAAAGCAGUCUGUUGGAGAAUGGAACAGUCCACCAGGGCGACGUCUCGUGGGGCUCCAGCGGGUCCGCGUCGCAGUCCAGCCAGGGCAGGGGCAGCCACUCCUCCAGCCUCUCGGAACAGUACCAGGACUGGCCGAUGGAGGACAUGUUUGAGCAUCCCAUUCCUUGCGAGCUUGUCAAGGAAAAGACUAAAUCAGAGGAGUCCCUCUCUGAUCUCACGGGCUCCCUCCUCUCUCUGCAGCUUGAUCUUGGGCCCUCAUUUCUGGAUGAGGUGCUGAAUGUCAUGGAUAAAAACAAGUAACUAGAUGUCUCCAGCAAUUUUCCUUUGGGGGUAAGAGGUAUUAAUAAAAAAAUAAAAAUAAUAAAAAAAAAGAACCACAGUUGAAGAGAAGAGCUUCACUGGCUAUAUUUGCAGCAGUGUAAUGGGUUUUCUAAAAUUAUGUUCCUACAAAAUAUUUUUUUACCUGUUAUGCCCUGUGUGCAAAACCAGUUAAAAAAAAAAAAAAAGACCAACCAUGUCCUGGCAAAAAGAGGAAGUGAGUCAGUCAGAACUCAUUUCAACAGGCAUGGCUGAUGUUCAGCUCACAUUUUUUGUUUGUAGACAUGUAAGAAAUCUGGCUCAGCCAGAAUGGGCACUCGCUACAAAGGGCUGCACAAGUCACAUUGAGGAACUUUGCAAUAUUCCGGCAUUUUCUGAGCAAGAGGAAGUCAAACCUUAUUUAACACCUAAGCCUUUUUGCUAGACUCUUUUCUAUAUUGUUUGGGCUCACCAUAGCAAAUUCUUCAGUGUUAAAACUUUUCUCUGUUUUCACCUUUGAACAAGUUUAUGGGUUUGGGGGAUUUUCUUGUAGCUCUUAUAUACCCCUAUAUCUUAUAUCGAUAUUGCGAAAUUUUGACUGUCAGCUACAUGUUGGUUAAGACACAAGCAAAGUAUUACUGUAACUAAGUUAUUUUUAAAGUUAAAAUAUAUUUUUAUGUGCCUUUGGCUUUUUAUUGCAGAGUCUACAUUUUUUAGAUAUUACAUCGAAUGUUGUCAUUGACUUGUUUCCAUUGUAAGCCGUGUAUGUGUAUGUUUGGAAAAGUGUAUUCAUACGUAGCUUUAUUUUCUUUUUUUCUUCAUCUGUUACGCUUUUCACAGCAGCCAACAAUGGAUUGUAAAGUAUAAAGGCUCAUGUUACUCAUGAUGCUUCUGCAGAGACUGUGGAUUACACCACGUAAUGUUCUUUGGAAAUAUGGGUAUUUUAGUACAGUACAUACUUGCAUUACAUAGGUACUUCAUACAACACAAUAAAGAGUAAAUGUUAAAGUGAA